AUGACUCCAAGCUAUAUGUUCAUCCUCUUCAGUGCUAUAGCACUGUCUAUUUGCUUGCAGACCGGCAAUGUGGCCGACCCGGUGAAGGCAUUGCACAAUCUUCGGCGGUGGUGGACAAGCAUGUUUGAAUUACUGGAGACUCGCCUCGGGAAGGGGGUGUCGAGCAUUGUGGAUCUACGCGUUGAGCGGGAUACCUGGACAACAGCUAUGACGGAUUCGCGUAGUUCUCUGGACAGAACAGUAGCGACGAGUUGGCCUCAGGCGCCCACCAUUCCCACGUGUGUGCCAAAUUCUCCUUACCCGUUGGAUGCGCCGUUAGUGUUGCAGCCACCAAUAGCACAAAAUCAAACUUGGUGUCGUAGCGAAAUAUUUUGUCCGGGGUCUCCGAUAUUACAAGCGAUUAACCUAGCGGGGCUUUACAAUGACUCUAAGACGUUCGUGGACAAGCCGACGGUCACCUCCACCAAUGAAACGCUCGAGUACUUCCAUUCUAUUUUCGAAGGAGGCGUUUCUGGUGGUGAUCCAGCCAAUCCUAUGCUUACGACGACCUAUCAACGAUUAAUAGACUUUGUCAAUACCAAUUUUAAAAGCGAAGGACUCGAGCUAGAAGAAAUAUCCCCAUGUGUUAUCGACCCAUCCCUUGAUAACUCCACUCCUUCUUUCCUCUCGCCUACUAGAAUUCAUGACCCUCUUAUGCUCGGGUGGGCUCACAUUGUCCAUGGAUAUUGGAGCCAACUCGGACUCCUUCAAUCGGAAUACUAUUCGAUCGUCAAUUCCAUGCUGCAAAAUUUUAUGGACAUGAUCGAAAAAAUAGGAUUCAUCCCGAAUGGCGGGCGAACAUACUAUUUAAAUCGGAGCCAACCACCCAUGUUCAUGCGGAUGGUCCAUGCGUAUGUCAGUGCAACGAAUGAUACAGCCAUACUCGACCGCGCGCUUCCCCUCGCUGAAGUCGAGCUGGCAUGGUGGUAUACUAACCGGACAAUCAAUGUCACUUCACCGUACACAAAUCGUACCUGGGAGGUUGCGCACUUCGCUGCUGAAAGCACUGCUCCUCGUCCCGAGGGCUUCAUCCAAGAUUUCCAUGCCGCGAAUGGACCUGAUAUAUUAGUACCAUUUAGCGAGCAGAAGAAAGCGGAUUUAUAUGCGGAGAUUGCGAGCGCGACGGAAAGCGGGUGGGAUUUUGCUUCCCGCUGGCUUCGGCAGCCGAUGCUAGGAAGCAUUGAUGAUACAAUGCCAGCGUUCCGCACGCUGAACGUACGGAGUACAAUGCCCGUCGACUUAAACAGUGUUCUCUACAAGUAUAGAAUGCUCCUCGCCGACCUAUACGAACUUCGUGAUUCCUCUAAAGACCAGUGCUUAUCCCGUGACCUCCCCCAUGCUCAACAACCUAAUGACCGGCAGCGUGCGGUGCACCAUCGCGCAGUAGCCAGUGUGAUCAGAGAUGCUAUACUCGAUCUCUUCUGGGACGCGGAUCGCGUAGCCUUUUAUGACUUCAACCUCACUUCAAAUGCUCGAGGGACAGUCUUCACGCCUGCGACUUUUUGGCCAUACUGGGAUGGGAUCAUUCCUUACGAUGUUCUCUCCAGCGAGAAAGUUGCCAAGCAAGCUUUCAGUGGUGUGAGACUCGUGAUGGCCAGAUAUAACGGGACGUUACCUUCUAGCUUCUUCGUCAACGGACAACAGUGGGAUGCACCGAAUGCCUGGCCACCUCACCAGUUUGUCACCUUCGAAGCACUACGAUCUCUGCCAUCAAACAUAACGACCACUCUUCUGACCCCUCUUUCGGACACCGUUACUACCUAUUCCCUUGUUCCUCCCAAUCAACUCGGUUUCAGCGAAUCCGAAUUACCGCGUCAACCGUAUGCUGAUGGAGGCUACGCCAGUGGCGAUAUAAAUGAGAUUGAUUAUUAUAUCGGCGAGAAUGAGGCAAGGGUUCUCAGUGGGACAACGGUCAUCAACGGGGGUACCGCAGCUAUAGGCGAGACUUGGGCAAGCGCUCUUAGCAGGGAACUGGCCAACAGAUUCAUCUCGAGUGUACUCAACUGGCUACCUCCCGAGGACUUGGAAGCCACCAACUCGGCUGGUAACGAUGGCAAUAUGUUUGAAAAAACCAAUGUGUUUCACAUCGAUGUUGCCGGCAGCGGAGGCGAAUAUACGGUCCAAGUAGGCUUCGGCUGGACAAAUGGUGUUGCCCUCCCGUGUUUGAAGGACAGCGUCUUGAAUCGCCUGUUUGGGGAAAGAGGUAUCAUAUUCGAUGGGGCCAUCGCAUCCACGAACACCGCAAUUUUCAUUUGGCCCGACUGGCCCGAUGGUUCCUUCAUUAAUCCUCCGCUCCCAGAUGUACACGCAUCUAACAGAACAUCUAUGUAG